AUGGCGACUGCCUUUGUGCAAGUUCGUGGGUCUACAGGGCGCGUGCCCUCUACUUCAAGCAGCCGCGCGAGAGCCUCCCUUCAGCCCGCCGCACCACUCUCCGCACAGGAAGCAGAUGGACGGCGAUGGGGCCCCAUCGCUGCUGCGUUUUGCGGUGCAGCUGUGUCGUUGGUGACCCGCCGGCGCCCCCACCGGGCUGAAGCUCCGAAGGCCCCUGCAGCUGCACCCUCAGCCUCCAAAGGUUCAAGAUUCCAGCGGGUGCCUCCCUGGAUGGUGGCUGUGCUGGGUCUCUCCGUGGUGUUGCUCCAUCGGGUAGCCUUGAAGGAGUUCAGGCACAAUAUCCCACCUGCUCGCUUCAUUGUCUUCCUGCACACGGUGUUUUUCCUCAUGGCCAGUCAACUCAUGCCUCCCUCCAAAUGGCCUCACGAGCAAAACUACAAAGUGGUGGCGUUGGUUGGCGCGAUGGAAUUCCUGGGCUGGGCCUCCUUGCAGCAAGUCGCUUUCGCCGGCGGCCUCGGUGUCACUGCGGCAUUGCUGAAUGGGGUGUCCUUGCUCCUGACGUUGCUCUGCGCCCGGCUGAUCCUCGGCAGCCACGUCCGGCCAUCGGCCUGGAUAGGUGCUGCGAUUGUUGCCGUCGGUGUUGGUGCCACAGGGUCCAUGUCAAAUCUGUUCUCCUCCUCCAUCAGCGCUGGCCACGUGGCAUUGCUCGGUGCCUCGCUGGCUUUCUCGAGCAUGGCCCUCACAGGAAAAGAGGUCCUGUUCUCGGGACGAGCGCCACUUUCCGUGCCGAUGGUGGCGUGCAUCGCAUCCUUCGCACAGCUCAUGGCCCUGGCGAUGCCCGAGCUUCUCAGCCUGCGGAGCUUUCCUGGAAGCCUCCAGUUCGCGCAGAUCAUCAUCGGUCCCGCACCAAGGAUCAUGUCGUUGGCUUGGCCGGCUUACCUCUACAUCGCCGCAAGCGGAGCCCUCCGCCUUACCUUCACCUGGGGCUUGCGCGCCGCGAACGCCUCCACAGUCCAGCUGGUAAACGCAGUCGCUGUACCUUUUGGAACGGCUCUUCUGACAAUGCUGUCGCCCCACGGCCACCUGACACCGAAAAUGGUGGGCGCGCUGGCUCUCACAUUGGCGGGCAGCAUCAUCUUCUUCCGGGGUGGCAGCCCCUCGAUCAAGUCGUCGGCGCUCUUCGCCACAAUACUGACGCCGGAAGAGCUGAAGGAGGAACAGGAGUGGAAGCAGGCCGAUGUUCACCGGGCCCAGAGGGAGGAGCAGGCAAAGAAGGACGCAGCUGAGAAGCGCAAGCAAGCCGAGGAGUUCAAGAAAAAGUCUGCAGAGGAGCAGAAGCGAAUUCGCAUGGAGCGUGAAGAAGCCAGAAAGAAGCAAGAGGAAGAGAAGCAGCGUCAGAAGGAGGAGGAGAAGAGGAUCCGGGAGGAAGCCAGGCUCAAGGCACAGGCAGAGAAGACACGAUUGGAAGAGGAGCGCCAGGCGAAGAAGGAGGCCGAGCGCAAGGAGCGAGAAGAGGCAAAGCAAAAGGCUGAGGCCGAGCGCAAGAAGAAGCAGGCAGAGUAUGAAGCUCAGAAACAAGAGGAGCAGAGGUUGGCUAUCGAAGCGAAAAAGCAGAAGGAGGCGGCAGAGAAGCAGCGCAAAGAGGAGGCCAAGGCUCGUGCAGCCGAAGACCGGAAGCGCCAGGAGCAGGAGAAGAAGGAAGCCGAUGCCAAGAGGCGCGCGGAGCAGGAAGCAGCGCGCGCGGAGGCCGAGCGCCUGAAGCAGGAACAAGAGAAGGCUGCGGCGGAGCAGCGGCGCUUGAAGGAGGAGGAAGAACGCCAGAGGAAAGAAGCUGAAGAACUUCAGCGAAAGCAAGCAGCGGAAGCUCUGCUGCAACAGCAGCAGGCUGAGCAGAAGCAGAAGGAGGAAGCCGAGCGCAAGCGCAAGGAAGAGGAAGCUCUCAAGAAGCAGCAGGAGGAGGCAGCGCUUCAGCGCCAGCAGGAGGAGGCUCGGAAGCAAGAGGAGGAGAGGAGAAGGCAGGAGCAGGAGAAGAAGAUGGCUGCCGAAAGCAAGCCCCUCAGCGACGAGGAAAAGCUCGCGCAGGAGAAGGCAAAGAAGGAGGAGCAGAAGAGAUAUUCGCGCCUGAGCUUCAAGUGGAAGAUGCAAGAUGAGACACGCCUCAAGGAGGAGGUUGAGCGUGUGAAGGAGGAGGUCGAGAAGAGGCAGGAGGAGCUGCGGGCGCUCCUGGCCUCCAAGGAACAGGAGCAACAGCAGUUCCAACAGAGGCAGCAGAUGGCAGAGGCGGAGGCAAGAAGAAUUGAAGAGAUGAAGUCCAAGGCUCCAGCGCUGCAGGGCCUUUCCAAACAAGGGGGAGGUGGCACAGGCUCCUCACAGGACUCAAAAUGA